AUGCUUUGCAGUCCUCGCUCGGACGUGCACGGCCGCAGAGGCAAAAAAAACGAGAAAGUGACGGAAUUCUUCCCCUGUUCUGUACGCAGGAAACUGGGCGGUUGUACGAGCAUGCCGUCUGUUGCGUGUUUUAUCAAAAAGGUAGUUGAGCCCGAUGUGUCUUGUCUCGGCCCCCCCUCUCUGCACCGGAAUCAUGCGCUCGGCUCACUGACACGAAAACUUCCUGCCAAGAAGUCUCGUGCGAUUAUCUGCGCCUCCGACUGGUACGAGUGUCUGCGUCGUCUCACCCGGGAUUCUGCGUUCCCACAAUGGGGAACAGUUUCAUAUGGUCUGUGCCUCCGCUCUGCGCAGGGAAAGAACAGUAAACUCGUAUCAGGUUUCUGCCAGCAUUUCUUCUUGUUCGUGCGUCAUUCGCCGCAGUCGUCAGACUAA